AUGAUGGCGGAAACUCUGGAUCCGCCCCGUCUGGAACUCCCAGGAGGUGGUAACAUCGUCGAGUUCGAGCCUGUUUCUAUCACACCACCUCAGAGCGCCAACGGGAAGAAGGAUGCGCCUGAAGGGGUGCCCUCGGAGUUGUCAGACCUCGAGCUCGAUCCCAAGGCCACCGCAGUGCCUGGCGAACCUACGAUUAAGCGGGAGGAAUCUGAAGAAGCAGAAGAGCUUAUCGAAGAUAUUGAACCCGACCAUUACUAUGGUGGUGGAAAGAUUCCAGUAUUCAAGCCAACCAUGGACCAAUUCCGCGACUUCCAGUCUUUUAUCAAGAAGAUUGACAAGUAUGGAAUGCAAGCGGGUAUCGUGAAAGUGGUUCCUCCAAAGGAAUGGACCGAAUCACUCCGCCCAUUAGACGAUGCAGUGAAGACAAUCCGUGUCAAGAAUCCUAUCAUGCAGGAGUUCCAUGGAUCCCACGGCACAUACACCCAAGCCAACAUUGAACGACAGCGCACAUACAACUUGCCCCAGUGGAAGGGUCUGUGCGAAGAAAGUAGCCACCAACCGCCUGCUCGCCGAGGAGAGCGACGUCGAAACCAAGAACGUGUCAAUCGAGCCGCCCCCACACCGCGACCUCAAGUUUCUCGUCCAGAGGGCCAAAAGCGUCGCCCUGGCCGACCUCCCAAGCGUGGAAAUCAAGUCAAAGUCAAAGAUGAGCCUACCGAUGAUGAUGAUGCAGAGAAAUCCAGACCCGAAGGCCCUCCGACCCCUGUUUCACCCGAAUCUCUUCCUGUUGAGCCCAAAAGCGAGGACUUGAGUGAUGGCGAAUCCCUUCCGGCCGCCAAACCUAAAGGGAGACAGCCAAAGUCUGUAACGGCACGUCGCAAGAAUAACCGCGGCGAGACCGUUGACCACGUGGACGAGGAAGCGUUCAAGGAGUUUGAUUAUCGCAUCCACGAUAACGAGGAUUACACGGCAGAGAGAUGUGAGGAGCUGGAGACUGCCUACUGGAAGUCGCUCAUGUUCAACAACCCGAUGUACGGUGCCGAUAUGCCGGGCUCCCUCUUCGACAGCUCGACCACUUCGUGGAACGUGGCCAAAUUGCCCAACUUGCUUGAUGUCCUUGGACAAAAGGUCCCCGGUGUCAACACGGCGUAUCUGUAUUUGGGAAUGUGGAAGGCCACGUUCGCGUGGCAUUUGGAAGACGUCGAUCUAUACAGUAUCAACUACAUCCACUUUGGUGCCCCGAAGCAGUGGUACAGCAUUUCACAAGAUGAUGCGCCCAAGUUUGAGGCAGCCAUGCGCAGCAUCUGGUCCAGCGAUGCCAAGAAUUGUGAUCAAUUCUUGCGCCACAAGACCUACUUGGUCUCUCCCAGCUUGCUGAAGUCUCAGUAUGGUAUCACCGUCAACCGACUCGUCCACUACGAAGGAGAGUUUGUUAUUACCUUCCCAUAUGGCUAUCACUCCGGCUACAACAUUGGUUACAACUGUGCUGAAUCUGUCAACUUUGCCACGGAGCGAUGGCUGGACUAUGGUCGUAUCGCCAAGAAGUGCAACUGUGAAGCCGACAGCGUCUGGAUUGACGUGGAUGAAAUCGAGCGCAAGCUCCGCGGCGAAGCCACCCCCGAUUACUAUGGGGAUUACGACAGCGAGCUCGAAGGGUUCGACUGUGCUUCUGAUAUGCUCACGCCUCCACGCAGUGUGCCCGACAAGCCUUCCACCCGUGGGCGAAAGCGGAAGAAUGCGGGUGACGGGCCGCGAACCAAACGACUUAAACUCCACCUCGAAGGCCCGCGGAAGAUCCCAUGUUUACUGUGCCCGAACAAUCUCGAUUAUGAAGAUCUGUUGCCAACCGAAGAUGGCAAGGGCCAUGCUCACCGCCGAUGUGCAUUAUUCAUUGAGGAGACGUCGAUUCUCCGAGAUGCAUCCGGCAACGAGGUUGUGUGUGAUAUCGACAAGAUUCCCAAGGCUCGCCUGGGAUUGAAAUGUCUCUUCUGCCGCGAGGUUCGUGGAGCUUGCUUCCAAUGCAACUUUGGCAAAUGCACCCGAGCCUAUCAUGCCACAUGCGCACUGCUGGCCGGUGUUCAGGUUGAGCAUGGUGCAAUUGCUGUCAUUGCCGACGAUGGCCAACAGUAUUCACUGCCGAGUGUGGACCUCAAAUGCAAAUUCCACCGACAAAAGCGACCCACGGGAGUCUUGGUUGAACCAUCUGAUCUAGAUCGCCGGGUCAUUGAAGCUGCCGGUCGUCUAUCGCAGGGAGAUUUGAUUCAGUUCCAAGCCGACAAGGAGAUUAAUGGCGCCAUUGUGUUAGAGAAUCGUCCGGAAGAGCGGAGUCUCUUAUUGAAGGUUCUGCCGCGAGGAGAUGUCAUCGAGAUGCCUUACCGCUGGAUGCUGGUGGUACGCAAGAGCAACUUCGUGCCCCUCGCACCGGGCAUCCAACCCCUCCCGGCCCACUUAGCGCGCAAGGCCGACUCGAGAAAGGAAUUGGAGGCUGCCGUUCCGGUCGCAGGCAGUGCAUUUGGCGACAGUCGAUCUCCCUAUCAGUGGGCUGAAUUUGAGACGGUGGAUGGAGCUAGGAACCAAUUCGCCCCACCAGUCCGGGUGAACCUGGACAAAGAUGAGCAGGUGUGGCAUUACUUGGGCACGCAGUCCACCGAGAGUAGGGCACAGUAUACGCACAACCCUAGCGUGCCCGUCCACAACCCGCGGGCCAAUUUCCUGGACAGCGUCAAGUCGCUUGGCGUGGCUGGUGGUGUCAAUGCUCGUGCAUCGAAGAUCCCCCCCCACCGUCCAUUCCAUUAUGCUGCCACCGCUCCUGCCCCUCCUUACCAGCAAAAUCUUUACGCCCAACACCGACCGUCGCUGCUACAACAAAACCAACAUCUCCUCCCGCCAACCUUGAACGCUGUCCACUUCGUUGCCCCUCACCUACAAUCUUCCUCCUCCUCCUCCUCUCCCUCCUCGUCAUCGCUCCGACCGCCCUCGUUCGCCGCCGCCGCCUCUCCCUCCGCCUCCUCUUCCUUGCAGCACCUUGCCCCUCCCCCUCCCCCUGCCCCUGCUGCUGCUACCGGUGCUGCUGCUGCUGGACCUGCGAUGCCGUCGGCCUUUCGAACUUUGCCGAAUUCAUCUAUCCGCCAUGCCCCCUACCCCACGGUCACCAAGUCGCAUGCUCAGCAGCAGCACCACCUCACUUCCACCAAUACCUUUGCCAACGUUCGUGACCUCAUCGCCCGUCGCCGCCUCGCCCAGAUCACUGAACAUGCCAAUGUGUUCGCCGGGUACACGAUCGUCAGCCCGGAAUUGGUGGUAGAAACUCUGCUGGGUCCUAUGGGAUCGAUUCCUCCGCUCAAUGGCCUCGAAAAACUCGAGCUGGCCAUGGCCCAGCAGCGGGUGCAGCCCCGGGCGGCCGAUGGGACCUUGUUGCCGCCCCAAACUCUCAAUAUGCGGGCAGAUGAGGUCGCUCGGCUUCUUCAGAUGCUUCGAUUCUCGUUGGUGAGCCACCGCGAGCGAUUGGAUGUCAUCCAGAAGAAAGAGUCGGAGGGGGUCAAGCAAGAUAUUGUCGAUCAAGGGAGUGUUGCCGCGGCGCGGAUGCCCGGGAAAUAUGCCUUUUUGGAUCAGCAACGAGCCAAGGCCCCCAAUGUGUAUCAGUCCCCGUAUAAUAUGCCGUCUGGUCUUUCCGAAUAUGCAAAGACCACCUACGGGCUGAUCCCAUCGCCGGAUGAGCCGCCCAAGUCGUCCCUGGCCAAUGACUUUUUUGCCAGCCUCUCCCAGGCGGAUAAGGAGAAGAUCAUGAGGACAUGCGGGAGCUUUGUGCAACGUGCCAUUGAGCGGUCGACCAGUCACAGUCGGCAUAGUUCAACGGCGUCGAAUUUGCGAUUGUCAUCGGCCCUUGCACAACAGACGGAGAAUCCAACCAUUGACAUCACAACGGUGGACGAUCCCCCACUCUCCGGUCUGGACCUGCCUCUGCAUGCCGAUUCCCCUUGCUCCAGUUUUGGUCGGUCGCAUAUGCGGUUUCCUUCGCCCAAUGACUUCCCCACCCACGGACCAGAUCCUCAACCCGAUCACCACGAUCUCUUUGGUGAUCAACAGGCCAACACUCGGUUCUGGCAGAACGGGCCGUGGGUCGCUGGCGACGGCAACACUCCAAACGAAGAGAAUCGGCCCUUCUUCGGGCCACAUCUCUUUGGACCUCAUGAGCGACUCAAGCACGACUAUGCAUCCUCUGAUAUCUCCUUGGGCAAAGGGCCCGGCUCUCUACAUUCGGUCGAUAUGGCCGGAUUUGGACCCGAUGUGGCCGACGAUCUCCUCACGGGAGGACUCAGUCCAUGA